AGUGCUGCCGCGGGGACUCGCCUCAUCCGCUCUCAAAAAUCCUGAAAUUGGCCCGUUUAUCCACCAGAAUGAGGAGGCGGCGCGGCGCGGCGGCGCUCCGCUACACCGGAAUGGGCCGGAUCAUGUCAGAAUGAGUGGGCCUUCCAAAGGCCCUGACAGGAAGUCCAGCUGCCCUUUGACCCCGGCCCUUGACCCGUGCUGCAUCAGCCCAGCCAUGUCAGCCGCCGCCUCCUCCCUCAAACACACGUCUGUCUACGGCUACAUCCAGUCAGACCACUCUUCCUCCUCCUCCUCUUCCUCAUAUAGCCCCCUGAGGAGGCUGCAGCACCUCACCAAGAUGGUGAGCCGGCCCGACCUGGUGAUGCCGAGCCGGGGGCCCGACCGGCGCUGGGACUGGGGGUCCAACCAGAGGGACAGGACAGAGGACUGCUGGGCAGAGUACAGAGAGUAUUCUGUCUCCCAGGAAGACGUUGACGUCUCAUCUUCUUCUGGUGAAAAGCAAACGGAGCUCCAAAGUGAAAGUAAAGACUUUCCUGCUGUUUGUUGCCACCAGUCUGCUGUUUCUGAGAAAAUGGGAGGCAACUCUCCAUCCAGCCCGCCGAGCCCGGCCUUCUCUCUGGACAGCAGCAGCCCCUUCGCCAACGGCCUGCUGCACUUCGACUCGGCUCUGUUUGAGGCCGACGGCGCCGACGAGGAACCGCAGAGCGCCGCGCAGGGCCCUGGUUUCCUGGACAAACGCGACCAGCCGCCGACCUCGCUGCAGCUCACCCCCGUGGACGCUCGUCUGGACCCAGAGGAGUCGGCGGUGGCGCCGCCCAAGGUGGUGACGCGCUCCCAGUCCUCGGGUCAGCGCCGGCGGUACUGGGACGGCUCAGAGGACGAGUGGGACAGCGACUCGGAGCUCUUCCUGUUCGAUGACUGUCCUGCAUGGCGGACGGUGAGUGUUCGUGUCCUGCAGCAGCCGAGCGGCUCGAGGAAAAAGCCUCCGCCUCCGGUGAAGUUCGCUGAGGGGGAAAUCGUUUGGGCGAAGUUCGGCCGCCGGCCCUGGUGGCCGUGUGAGGUGCUGUCCGACCCGGCACUGGGCGUCUAUCACCGGAUGAAAGAGCCCUGUGACCGGCUCUGUCGGCUAUAUCACGUCCGGACCUUUGGGGAGCCGAAGGAGUACGUUUGGGUGGAGGAAAAAUCAACUCAGGCGUUCCACGGAGGCUUUGAGUUCGACCAACUUCUCCUUUUGAGACGAAGAAGCAAGCAAAGAGAGCAGAACAACAGAAACACUAUCCCUAAGCGUUUCCAGCAUUUGUGGAGAUGCAGUGUGGUCGAGGCUGAAUCUGUUCUGUCUGGGCGACCCGACGUUUCUCCGUCUCUGGCUCCAUCCACAGAUCAAACCUUUUCCUGCAGUUCCCCGGCAGAAGGACAGAAGAAGCCCCAUCCAGCCGUUCCCUCGCCCUCUCUCCUGGUUCCCACUGUUUCUGAACCGUUGCACUUAAAGAACGGAUCCACCUCGUCUGCAGCUACAGCACAGACAAAACCAAGCACUUUAAAGAAAACUUCUACCAAGAAGAAGCGAAGCAAAUCCCUUCAGGACCUUGGGAAUGAAAACACAUUGUGUUGCAGUCUUGAUCAGUCUCACAGAGACAACAGAGAGUGCCCAUACUCUGAUCUCGACUCAGUCCCAAAGAUUUUGUGUCCUAAAGCUCUUGAGCGUCAGCCAAAGCUGCUUCCAUGCCAGCCGUCUGCGGCUGCAGUCAAAGAGCUAAAGAAGCAGCCAGACACCCAGACCGGACUGUGGUUCAGUAAAUCGGGCAGAGACCGGCGACCAAAAACUACCAGCCCAGUGUCGGACCGCUCCCUCUUUAGUAAGGGUCCCUGUAAGAAAAAGCACUUAUCCACCGUUAGCAAGAAGGCGCCGGUUCCCUCCGCCUCGAUGAUCAACAUCAACGCCUGGUCCAAUGACCCAGUCAUACUGGCAGACAGUAAUAAGUCAACAGAUAAUGGUCCAAUACAUGAACACUCAGUACCUGAGAAAUGUAGGGCCAGCGAGGCCAACCCUGUUGAAGGAAGAGGUGGGUCUUUAGACAAACCAAAGGCCCAGCUGUCCACUGAAGACAAACAGACUUCUGAGACCAAAAUAAACCCUUCAAGCAUUUCAUCUGACGACCCGGAUGUUGAAAAAGACUUUCAUCCCUCAAAGAAAGUCGGUUUAAAUGAUGACUCAGAUUCUCCAAAGACGAUAACAUUUGUAAGUUCAACUGAACUUUCUGUCGUAAUUGCUACUAAACAACUUGAUGAAACUGAAAAACCUUCUGACCAGGAGAAAGAAAGAAAGCAGACUUUGGGGCCCUGUUUAGAAGUCGAAAACAGGGAUCCAGUCUCAAUAUUAGAAAAGCAAAAAAAUCUGGUCUCUAAAUGCAGACUCCCGUUUGUGAAACUAAUACGCAAGGAGUUAGAACAAAACAAAUAUUUACACUCAUGUCUGACUAAUGUCACCACUAACAGAAGUGAAUGCAAUAAGAAAGAGAAGACAUCAGAUAGUAAUGUGAAUAAAGCUGCAACUAAUAAAUCAGACUUGACAGGCAGCAAAACGAGCGUCUCCACGGAUCAAAUUACACCUUCAAAAUUCAUCAAGGUCUCAGUCAAGAAGCUACGAGCUAGAAGUGAGUCUGGCCUACUUCGGCUGUCAUCAGAGUCACCGCCUGAACACAACGCUAAGACACCCGAACACAACAAUAAGACAACCGAACACAACGCUAAGACACCCGAACACAACAAUAAGACAACCGAACACAACGCUAAGACACCCGAACACAACAAUAAGACAACCGAACACAACAAUAAGACAACCGAACACAACGCUCCCACACCUGGAAACAACACUAAGACACCUGGAAAUAACGCUUCCACGCCCGGAAACAACACUAAGACACCCGAACACAACACUCCCACACCUAGAAACAACGCUAAGACACCUGGAAAUAAUGCCAAGACCCCUGGAAACAACACUAAGACACCUGGAAACAGCGCUAAGACACCUGGAAACAGCGCUAAGACCCCUGGAAACAACGCUAAGACACCUGGAAACAACGCUAAGACACCUGGAAAUAACGCUUCCACGCCCGGAAACAACACUAAGACACCUGAACACAACACUCCCACGCCCGGAAACAUCACUAAGAAACCUGGAAACAACGCCAAGACACCUGGAAACAACGCCAAGACACCUGGAAAAAACGCCAAGACACCUGGAAACAAUGCUCUCACUUCCACAAAACUUUCUGAUGCGUUGAGCAGCCCAGAAGUAGAACGUAUCCCAGCGUCAAACGUUAGUCUAGAAAGUAUCACCGCCUUAUCGUGCAAUGAAUCAGACAGAUUAGAAUGUAAAGACAUUUCUGUUUGCAGUCAAACAAAGACAUCGUCUGACCAGCCAGACAGCUCAGAGGAAAACACUUCAUCUACUAAAACUGCAGCUUCUCCAACAGGAAGUCCUCACCUCCCUGAAAGUCGGCCUUCUCCAAAAUCCAGAAAAGCUGUUCACAAAUUGACGCAGGCUAAAGAAAUUCAGAAAGUCCUGAAAGAGCAGCUGGCGCAUCUUCCAGCAAGCAGUCGGCUGAUGACCAGAGCCCUGAAGGCCUUGCAGGUUGUCGACCAGAGGAAACGUAGAAAAGCCCAGCAGGAGACUGAGCAAACUAAGCUGAGCAAACCUCUGGACACAGUUCAGGAUUCUGCUGAGCCCAAAUUUGAUAUUUGCACUAAUUUAAAACUUCUAAAAUCUACUCACAUUGACAAUGGUGACUGCUUUUCUAGAUGUAGCUCCCCUUCCAUACUGUUCUCUGAUUCAGAUGAUUUUGAAGCUGAUGUUAAAAGUGAAGAUGAAGACCUUUCAGUUUCUUCAACUCCGCCAAUGGACUUCAUACCGCUUACAUCUAUAGUUAAGGCAAAGCAUGAAGAUCUGCCCCCACCAACACAACCUCCAUCACCUCAAUCACCGUUUUCCUUCAUGAAAGCCUUCAAGAAUGUUACGGAGGUUUCCUUUCAAUCCUUACCAAACGGCAGCAAUGGAAAGCCAGUCUCUUUCAGGCCAGACUCAAAAUACCAGUUUAGCACUUUUCUUAUGAUGCUGAAGGACUUGCAUGACACUAGAGAGCGAGAAGGCGCGCCCCUAGAGUUAGAGAUUGGGCCACCCAGUGGACAUGUGAAGGAGGAGCCGCUGAUGAUGCCAAACAAGGCUCCACUGGAAGGACACAGCCACACAUGUGUUCUUAGCAAAACCGAUCCAAUCGCAGAUAAAAGUGUGAUUGGACAGAGCGGAUGUGGUAAAGGCCAGAAACUCAAGAGGCCCUGUAGCAGAAAGAGUGGCAGCCAUUGGUUGAAAGGGAAAACCAAUCGCAGAGUGUCUGGACCUGGUUUUCCUGGAGUAAAGUCAACAACAGGAAUCACUUCCUGGCCAACAGCAGAUAUCACUUCAAAAAUACUGGAUGUACAAAUUGGCAGUAGCUGGAUUCAGGCUGGCUGUAGUGGAGACAUUGGUGGGCAAGAGGAGCAGCAGAGAUGGGAAAGACUGGAGGGCAACCAGCAGGUUGGUGUUCCUCUGGAAAGGAGGGAAUGUCUGACACUCAUCCUGGAACAGCCAACCAGCCUCGGAGACGACAUGAUGAACAAGACGGACGUGAUUCUUGAAGCUGAGGAACAAGACAAGACUUCAGCCGAACAUAAACGAAUACGAAAACCCAGCAAGAGACUACUUGAAUGGACUGAAGAAUACAACCAGAUUUUCUCCCCAAAGAAGAAACCCAAAAAGUCUCUCCAGCUGUUUGGAAAGGUAAAAAUGAUGCAAAGUGAGCUCUGUUCCGUCUCUAUAAUCAAACAUUGGCUUUAGUUCAUCUUCAAUCAGGCAGUUUAGUUUCCAGGAAUCAAACAUUGUUCUCACAAGUAGGGCUGGGCGAUAGGAGGAAAAUCUAAUAUCUCUAUAUGUUUGCUACAUACAUGAUAUUUUUAAAUAAUCUUCAAUGUUAUCUUAAUCUA